AUGUCUGAUCCACUUUCAAUUCUAAAAGGAGAAAUAAAGCGCCUCAGCUUCGUUUCAAAUGAAAAAAUAAGUUUACUCGCUCACUUUACUGAAAAUGUAGAAAAAAUUGCUGUUGCAGUAUCUUGCCUUGAUGACUGUGAUAAUGAUGAAGAAAAGCGUAAUUAUUUGAGGUUUCUAAUCUCCCCACCUG